CAGUAAAUAGCAUUGAGUUCUUUUGUUGAAACUUUGAAUUCUUCGAAUCAAGAGAAACGAGGGAGGGGUCGGGUAGAUUGCAAAUUGAAUGUCUGGAUGCGAGAGAAAACCAAUUUCCUUAGGGGCGGGGGACACGCUUUGAUCAGUAAAAAAAGAAGACUGGGAGCGUAUCUGUGGGUUGCGAAUGGCCAAAAUGAAGAUAAAUAAGGGGAGGUCACAGUUUUUAGAUGUAGAUUGGUCUGUGAUAUCCGUGUCGUCCAUUCGUUCGGUGUUCGAGGAGCUCAUUUGUCAGUUGAUGGGUGUCGAUCGGCCUUUGGAGAGGUGGCGCGGCGCAGAUGUGAAUGAUGUCUACCAGAGAUAUUCUACAGCAGCCCUGGGCAACGGCAGCACCAGGUUUCCGAUAAAGGGCGUCAUCUAUGACAUGCUCUGCUUUAUUCAGAGGGCACCCUCAAACGCAAUUUCUCCAAUUGCUUCUACAUCUGUGUCUGAUGGGCGAAGAGAUUGGAGCAAUCUUAUCCCCGCCUUUACUAGUUCUAGUACCAGUACCAGUACCGGUACUUCUUGCUCUAGUGCAGUGACCGCUUCUGAGGUGGCGCAGAGGUUGGGGGUUCACAAUCUUCCUGGAUUGCAAGAUAAGAUUUUGACAGAGAGCAAGGGAAGACUGGCGAAGAAGCAGAUGCUGGAAGAGGUGAUGGGGAGAGGGGACAGUGCGAGAGACAAGUACAUGGAGAAGAUUAGAGCCAAGAAGAUGAUGGCUCAAGCCAGAAGAGAAAGGGAAAGGUUUUCCAUAAACACCAGCACUAACGCUUACACUGCUCAAUCUACACCUUCUCAGAAGGCCUGGAGUAUCACACCCAGUUCCCCUGCGCUCGUCCGCUAUCUCGAGGAAAGAGGAAUACGGCAAGCACUUAUAGCACGAGGAGAUCAGUCACAGCUUAAUGAAUUGCUGGAAGAACUCAGAAAUUACAAGUUCCAGUAUUUAAGGAAUUUAGAAAUGGAUGAAACUGGGAAGUCAACUUCAGAAGUUAUAAAUUCUACAAAUCACUAUAAUGAAAUACUGAAAUCAUUUUGUGCGAUUUGGGGCCUUCCUCCAUGGCAGGUGCUAUUGGUGAGCAUUUCAUUUGUCAUUGCUGACGAUGCACAAGAUGAAUCUUUACGGAAGGCAAUUGCAGACUCACAAUUCUUUGUCUGCAAGGUCAGAAACCUAUCAUGCCCUGAAGAUGUGAAUUCUACUGGAAAGGAACUAUCCCAUGUUGGAUAUUCCAAGAAAUCAAAUCACAAUCUAGGACUGUUUAAAUGGUUUAAAAGACUUUCUGAAGGUACAUUGCAUGAGGAUGAUGUUAGAGAGAGUGAUGGGCAUAAUUCAAAAUAUGUUCAUUUUAAGGUCACUGACAUGACAGAGUUGAAAUGGAUCAUAGAGGAUAUGAAUGGUGUUACUUAUAGAACGAGUACCUUUGUCCAAGGGUUUCAAUAAAAGAUGAGUAAGAAUGUGGAAUUAAUAGCUAUGUUCAGAUAAAGUAUAUAUGAUAGUUUUACUUAAUGCUAAGAAGAAAUAAAUGAAUUGUUUAAAUUAUGUAGGCUACAAAUGAAUUCAUUUCAAUGACAUUUUUGACAUUUUGUAAAUUUGCGAUCUAUAAUUGUUGUUGAGUAAAUUAUCUUGAAAUGAUUAGGAAGAUCAAAACUACUUAACAUUAUAUCUAUGAAAAGACUUUAUUGUUGGAAUGAAA